UUCACUUUACAAACAUAUACACACAUCAAACAACUUUCUCAUAUACACACCAACCCUCCAUAUCUAAUCUACAAUCUAACUAUACUUCUAUCCAUCUGAACAGAACACAGAACAUAGAACACAGAAAAAGUAAUCAACUGAGAAAAAAAAGAUUCUUCUGGGAAUCUGGGAAGGAAAAGAUGAGAAUUUCUUAAAGGGGAGCAAACAAAGAGUGGUUUAAAGAUGGGUUCUUUAUGUGAUUUUUGUGGAGACCAGAGGUCCUUGGUGUACUGCCGCUCUGACGCUGCUUCCUUAUGUUUGUCAUGCGAUCGGAAUGUUCAUUCCGCUAACGCACUUUCUAAGCGUCAUUCAAGAACACUCGUAUGCGAGAAGUGUAAUUCACAACCUGCAUAUGUGAGGUGCGUUGAAGAGAAAGCUUCCUUUUGUCAGAACUGUGAUUGGUCGGCUCACGGUACCGAUCCGUCUUCUUCAACUCACAAAAGACAAUCAAUCAAUUGCUACUCUGGCUGUCCUUCCGCUUCCGAGCUUUCUUCUAUAUGGCCCUUUUUCUCGGAUAUACCUUCUGUGGGGGAAGUGUGUGAGCAGGAACUCGGUUUGAUGAGCAUUAAUGAGAACAGCAAUAAUAAAGCUUCGGUUCCUCCAGAAAGCAAGAAUGUAUCUGGCUCAGCUCAAGUUGUUGCCGAUCUUCCCAACAAGGAUAAGUCUAGGGCCGGCACAUCUUCAAUAGCCGAAUCAAGUGCAGAACCUUGUAUCAUUGACCAGCCGCCCGGACCGUCCAAUGAAUGUAUGCCCAAGUUACAACAUCCCGGUAGUAUGGCAUCUGCACUUUGUGAAGAUGAUAAUUUGUUCGACGAUUUCAACAUAGAUGAUAUGGAUCUUGAACUUGAGAACUAUAAGGAAGUUUUCUCUUUCACUCUCAAUAACUCUGAAGAGUUUUUCGAAAAGGGAGGUAUUGAUAGCUUAUUUGAGAGAAAAGAUGUGUCUGCUAUUCCAGCAUCUUCAGAUUCAAUGUUAAGUACUAAAACUGAACCGAUUCUUUACUAUUCGGAAACACAAUCCCAUUCAAACGUUUCAUUUUCCGGCGUUAUCAACAGUGCUAGUGCUGGUGACAAUCAAGAGUGCGGCGGUGCUUCUUCAAAGCCUCUCACGGGGGAGCCUCCCUGGUGUCCUCCUUGCCCCGAAAGUUCUAUUCAAUCUGCUAACCGCAGCAACGCUGUCUUGCGCUACAAGGAGAAGAAAAAGAAUCGAAAGUUUGAUAAGAAAGUAAGGUAUGCUUCUCGGAAGGCUAGAGCUGAUGUCAGAAAACGUGUGAAGGGCCGAUUCGUUAAAGCUGGUGAAACAUUCGACUAUGACCCUUUAAGCAAAACCAGAAGCUUCUGAGUGUACACACACCCUUUAACCAUGUUCUAUGAAACGAAAGAAAUACUCAGCUAAAAAUAUCAUUUGAUGCAGUGACAACAAACUCUGAUUUUAUCACAGGAGCCGACAUUUUCUUCAAGAGAAAGAAGAUUCUAACCAAGCCACAUUCCGUUGAAUUGACAGUAUAGGCUGUGGAAUGGGAGGUACGGUCUAUUCUUCGCCGCAGAGGAUAUCCAAGCUGUGAUAUCAGCUAACAUGUCACAAUGCGCCCCUUCAAGGACGUAUCUUGAAUUUGAUUCACUUUCUGAGGCAAAUUGCGCUUGUCGUCUUUCGGCCACGAUGUUAUACAUGGUUUGUCACUAUUUCUGUUAAUUUCAUACUAAUUUAAGCCAAUGUUUGUUGAUCUGCCAGGGAAUGAUAAAUUGACAAGUGUCAAUGUUGUAGAAUGUAAUGUUUUGUUCUGCUGUAAAAUGUAAUGUUGUGUCCUGCAUACAUAUAGAUGGAGUUGUAAUUGCUAACUUAGAUAUAAAAAUUGUAAAUUUGAAGGUUAUGUAUAAAAUAGGAUGUCAUGUUUUCAUGAUGAUAGGUUGAACAUGUAUUGGUAGAAGUUUUGUUGGUAUUUUUUGGGUCAAUGUUUGUAUUGUGUACUUCAACUGUCAGCCCUUUCAUAAAAGAACUGGAACUUGUAUUGUGUUUUUUUUCUUCAUUCAA